AUGGCAGAACGUGGUGGUUUCGGCUCUGGGUUCGGCCGUGGACGCGGUGGUAGACGCGGUUCUUCAAGCCGCAGGGGCCGUGGUGGAGCUGAAGAUGACCUCAAGAGCUGGGUACCAGUAACAAAACUUGGAAGACUAGUAUCAGCAGGACUCAUCGAAUCUAUUGAACAAAUCUACCUACACUCUAUACCAAUCAAAGAGUACCAAAUUGUCGACUACUUCUUCCAACCAACACUCACUGACAAGAAGCUAGCAGAUGAUGUCGUCAAGAUUGUACCAGUACAGAAACAAACUAACGCCGGACAACGUACAAGAUUUAAAGUAUUCGUUGCUAUCGGUGAUUACGAUGGACACUGUGGAUUGGGUACAAAGUGUGCCAAGGAAGUGGCUACAGCCAUCAGAGGAGCUAUCAUCUCAGCCAAACUAUCACUUAUCCCUGUAAGACGUGGAUACUGGGGUAACAUGAUUGGCGAGCCACACACUGUACCUAUGAAGGUACAUGGAAAGUGUGGAAGUGUAAGGGCUAGGCUCGUGCCAGCACCAAGGGGAACACAGAUCGUCGGUGCCCCAACUACCAAAAAACUAUUGUCUUUCGCCGGUAUCAAGGAUUGCUUCUCAUGCUCAUCAGGUUCAACUAAAACUAGAGGAAACUUCCUCAAAGCUGUUUUUGCCGCAUUAUCUGCUACCUACGGAUACCUCACACCAGACCUGUGGAGGCAGGUUAAGCUUCAGCCCUCUGUAUACGAGGAGUUCUCAAGCUUCCUCAACUCGGGAAAAACACAUGUCAUGCCAGAAACGAAUCAAUACUACGCUUAA